GGACUAUCUUAUUCUCUUGUUAUACUCGCUAUCCAGUGAAAGUCACACUUUCUUUUCCUCUCUAUAUAACAAAACAAACACAACAGAAAACAACAUCUCAUAAAAAUUCUGAUUCUUCGCUCAUCUCUCUCUUAAACUUCCACAAACACCAUGAUCAAUUUUCAUGCUUCUUCUUCUCUCAGCUUCCUCAACAAAAUCACUUUUCUUCUUCUUCUUCUUCUUCUCCUUGUUUUCCCUGCCAUUGUUUCCGGUGAGUGUACAUGUGACUUUUCUAAAGAACAGAAAGAAGAAAAAGCCCAUGCACUCAACUACAAGCUUGCUUCCAUAGCUUCUAUUCUUCUUUCUGGUGCCUUUGGUGUUAGCAUUCCGUUCUUGGCAAGCAAAAUUCCAAGUUUAAGACCUGAAAAUGAUAUCUUCUUCAUGAUCAAGGCAUUUACUGCUGGUGUUAUUCUAGCAACUGGCUUCAUUCACAUUCUUCCAGAAGCUUUUGAUCAUCUGAAAUCUCCAUGCCUUAACCAAAAUCCAUGGAGGAAUUUUCCCUUCAGUGGUUUUGUUGCUAUGAUGUCUGCAAUUGGGACAUUAAUGGUGGAUUCAUUCGCGACGGGGUAUUAUAACAGGAUUCAUUUCAACAAGAAUAAACAGGUAAAUGUUGGUGAAGAGGGAGAUGAAGAAAAUCAUGAUCAGCAUUCAGGUCAUUUACAUGUUCAUACACAUGCUACUCAUGGUCAUGCCCAUGGUUCUUCUUCACUUACGCAGGAUUUGGGUUUGCCUGAGCUGAUACGACGCCGUAUUACAUCACAAGUACUUGAGCUAGGGAUUUUAGUUCACUCAGUGAUCAUUGGAAUAUCUUUAGGUGCUUCUCAGAGUCCUGAAACUAUAAAGCCUCUAUUGGUAGCCUUGUCUUUCCAUCAGUUCUUUGAAGGGAUGGGACUUGGUGGUUGCAUAUAUGAGGCAAAAUACAAAUCUAGAGCAACAGCAAUAAUGGCAAUAUUUUUCUCAGUGACAACUCCAUUAGGGAUUGGAAUAGGAAUUGGGAUAUCAAGUGUUUACAGAGAGAAUAGUCAAACUUCACUGAUUGUUGAGGGAAUGUUCAACUCAGCCUCAGCUGGGAUUUUGAUUUAUAUGGCACUUGUUGAUCUUUUAGCUGCAGAUUUCAUGAACCCAAGAUUGCAAAAUAAUCUCAAGAUUCAAUUAGGAGCUAACAUCUCUCUUUUAUUAGGAGCUGCUUGUAUGUCUGUACUUGCUAAGUGGGCUUGAAUUUCUAUAUAUAUUUUUCCUCAAUUACUAUAUUCCCUAGAGAUUGCAUAAAGAGGAAUUCAAUAUUUUCUUUUUCUUUUUUAGAUAUGUGCAAUGGGUUGGUGACCAUUUCUGAAGUACUCAAAUUGAAAAUUCUUCC